ACACAUCUCUACAGCUCUAGGAUGUUACUGCUGUUUCAUACCCUACUGCUUUUGGACGGUUUGUUUGCUGCAGAAACAGUCGAGACAGUGACAGUGAUUGAGGGAGAUUCUGUUACUCUAUACACAAAUCUUGCUGAAAUACAGAACGAUGAUACGAUACUGUGGCUGUUUGGACCUAAAGACUCUGUCAUUUCUCAAAUAACGAGAAAGCAAGACCUGACUUCAUUUUUUGUCACUGAUGGCGUGAGAUUCAGAGACAGAUUGCAGGUGAAUCAAAAGACUGGAUCUCUCACCAUCAGAAACACCAGAAUCAGACACAUGGGACAAUAUAAACUCAGCAUCUCUAGAAAAAAUACUACGACCAAGAUAUUUGACGUUAUUGUUAUUGGUGUAGCUGGUGAGACGGAUGGAGUGAAGUCAAUGUCAGUGAUGGAGGGAGAGUCUAUAAUUCUACGGAAUGAUUUUUCUGAAGUACAGAGAGAUGAUCUAAUAGUCUGGAGGUUUGGAGAUAAAGGCGUCCUCUUGGCUAAAUUUGAUGUGGAAAAUAAUGACACGUCAUUAAACAAUGCUGAUGAGAUAUUCAGAGACAGACUGAAGCUGGAUCGGAAUGGAUCUCUGACCAUCGAGAAGACCAGAACUACAGACUCUGGACUUUAUGAACUACAGAUCAGAGGCCGUGCGAGCUCACAGCGAUUUCUGGUUUCUGUCAGUGAUUCAGAUCCAUCUCCAGGUCUUAUAGCAGCAAUUGUUGUUGCGCUGGUUUCGGCUGCAGUUGCAUCCUCUGUUGUGGUUUACUGUUGCUGCAAGAAAAAAAAAGUGGGUUCCACAGGAGAAUAACUGAAUGAUUCAUUGACUGUAGAGAUGCCACUGCUGAGAUGAGGUAUGAGUGAAUGAUUUGUAAGUCACGCCCACCAAUCACUGUGACAUCAUCAGCAUUUCAGCGCAACAAGAUUUUUCAAAUCUUACGAAAGGGAAUAAUGUGUGUCAUCGAGCUGUUAAAUUCACCAAGAUGUAAAACUUUUUUUUUUUUUUUUUAGAUGAACUGGGAAACUGGUAUGAAACUCUUUCAUUAUUAACUUAGCAACUGGAUGCACAUCCCACUUAUUUUAUUAAGUAUUUUUACAUGGAAGGUAGAAAUAUUAUAUCUCAUAAUAUAAAUAUCUCAGAAGCUAUUUCUUGCUUUAAAAUAAUAAUAAAAUAAAAUAAAGAAUGUUCUUCCACUAUAAAGAAUCCAUUGUGGAAUGGAAAGGUUAUAUGGAAGUUAAAUGUUUUUCUAAGAAGAACAUAUGACAGGAAAUAACACAUUUUUUAGAUUUACAUUUAAUCAUUUAGCAGACGCUUUUAUCCAGAGCGACUUACAAAUGAGGACAAUCGAAGCAAACAAGUGCUAUGUCAAGUCUCAGUUAGCACAGUGCACCUAGGUUAGCAAUAGAAUAGAAGAAUAGAAUAGAAUAGAAUAGAUAGAAAAGAAUAGAAAAUAAUAGAAUAGAAUAGAUAGGAAUAGAAUAUAAUAGAAUAGAAUAGAAUAGAAUAGAAUAGAAUAGGAAUGUGCUCGUAUUAGUCAGGUGCUGGUAUAAAAAGGUCAUUUUUAAAAUCUCUUUUUAAAAUGUCUUCUUUUUAAUCAGUGUAUUCAAAUCUUUCAAUAAAUGGUAAUGGGGGGGGGGGGGGGUACAUGUAAAUACACACACUGUUACUGUUUUACGUCUUUUGUCUCUUAAAAAAAUGAUCUAAACAGUACCAACUUAGAGUUGUUUGGCUUGUAACAAUAGCGGAACCCUUUCUGAUGCUAAAUAGAACACUUUUAUAUAAGGUACUGUAAAGAACCAUGCUUGUAGUACCUGGUGUUAUAAAUACUCUUUUUAAUAACAGUUAAUUUUUGUUUAUCAGUAUUUUU